UUACGACAACACGCUGACAUACGGUCGUUGCCGUGACGCUCCGCCAGUCUAUGGGAAACAUGUGAGAUGCGCAUUUGUGUUGCUUCCAAGACUUAUUUUUCCUUUUUUAAAGUUGGGAAUCCUUUCAACGCUUACCACAUUGAUCAUGCAUGAACGACUCCUCCCCGCCUCUCCCAAUUGGUACUGCUCUCGCUGCUGUGAUGUCAGUAGCGGUGGCUUACUGGGCUUCGGAGCCAAAAACUUCAUUUAUUUGAUUGACGUGUCUGCUGCUACUUGCAGUACUCAAGGUCUUCUUGUGGGCCACAAAGGCUUGGUGUCGGGAGUUUCCUUCUGCCAGGAUGUGACGCAGAGUCACAUCUGUGCCAGCGCCUCCGUCGAUGGCGUCAUCCUCUUCUGGGACACCAACACUCGAUCUCUCUUACGGGAGCAUGCGGCUCAUCAGAGCGCUAUCUCAGCCUUGCACUGGUCCCCGCUGGACAAGAAUCUGGUGGUGUCGGGCGAUGAGAAAGGCAUUGUGGUGUGUCACUGGUACAACACGGGAGACACAGCCAGCUUCUUCCCCGAACCUAGAAGUAUCAUCUGCCUCACCUGCUCGCCGCACAACUGGAACACCGUGGCGGUCGGAUAUAAAGACGGCAUGAUUGCGCUAAUCGACGUGAGCAAGAAGGGUGAGGUGACACGUCGGCUCCGUGGCCACGACGACGACAUCCAUUCACUGGUGUGGUCGCCGCUCGCCGACGAGGACGCCCUCCAUUUGAGAGCGGAGGCCGGCGACGCUUCAAACGGAGCGAGUGCGGGAGAGGAGAAGGGCUGCUACCUGGCGUCAGGAAGCAAAGACCAGACGGUGAGGAUCUGGAGCACGGCCACAGGAAAAGGCGUGUCCACCCUGAAGCUGCCCUUUGUGAAGAGACGAGGCUCUGCCGUCGUCGACCCCACGCUCAAAGAGAGACUCUGGCUCAACCUCCACUGGCCCAAAGGCCAACCGGCGCGCCUCGUUUCCAGUUGCUUCAGCGGCGAACUGCUGAUGUGGGACCUGACCCGGACGGGCAAGCAGAGGUGGACCCUGUUCGGCUCGUCGUCCGAGGGCCAGAACCACAGCAGGAUCGUGUUCAACACCGCCGGCUUCACGCUGCCCGACGGCCGCCAGCUGCUCGUCAGCACGUCCUUAGACAGAGAGGUGAAAUGUUGGGACCUGGCUGACCUGGACUGCCGUUGGACGCUGCCCACGCUGGGCGGCUUCGUGUACAGCUCGGCCUUCUCGCCCGUGGCUAGCGGCUGCCUGGCGCUGGGCGUGGGCGACAACAUGAUCCGCGUGUGGAACACGCUCUCCGCCCACAACCCCUACGACGCCCGUUGCUUUUGGCAGGGAAUCAAGUCCAAAGUCACAGCGCUGGCUUGGCAUCCCAAACGAGAGGGAACCUUGGCGUUUGGAACAGACGAUGGGAAAGUGGGAAUCUACGAAGUCUUCUCCAGCAAGCCGCCUCAGAUCUCCAGCUCCUACCACAAAAAGACAGUGUACUCGCUGGCCUGGGGACCGCCGCUCCCCCCGAUGUCAUUUGGCGCGGCGGCGGCGGCGGAAGGCAAGGCGUCCCACAGCCUGUACAGCUGCGCCGGCGAGGGCGUGAUCCUGCAGCACCAGCCCACCGACCUGAGCGGCGACGCCUGCGACGUCGACAAACUCAUCCGGCAGACCAACGACAUCAAGCACAAGCUUUCUCCUCACACCGACCUCAGCUGGAAGCCGGACGGCAAAGUGGUGGCGAUCGGCAACGAGGACGGGUGCAUCGACAUCUACCGGGCUCCGUCGCUAAAGCUUGUGUGCAGCAUCCAGCAGCACCACAAGGUGAUCAACGCGCUGCGAUGGCACCCCGAAGACAACGCCCCGCCGGAGCUGCACGGCCUGCUGGCUUCGGGCUCCUGCAACGCCGUCGUCUACGUGCACGACCUGCGUCGGCUCAUAGAGAAUCCUCCCGAGAACCCGUCGGUGUUGACGGAGCCGUAUCGCCGAUUGUGCGGCCACACCAACAAAAUCACCGGCCUGGCUUGGAGUCCGCACCACAACGCCAGACUGGCCAGCGCCUCCUACGACGGGACGGCCCAGGUGUGGGACGUGGAGCAGGAGGCGGCGCUCUGCAACUACCGCGGCCACGUGGGCUACCUGCUGAGCGUGCACUGGUCCCCCGUGGAUCCGGACGUCAUCUGGACGGGAGGGAAAGACUUCACCGUGCAGGAGUGGAGAGUCUCCAAGCAGGAGUUCACAAAGCCGCCCAAAGGGAAGAAAAUGGUGGACCUGAAGGAGAAAGCCAAGCAGAAGAAAAAGAGCAACAAGUCAACAGAUGCAGCGUCUCCGGAAGUCAACGGCGAGCACGUGACCAACGGACAGGGAGCCCCGGACGAAGCCGAAGAGCAUGUCGGCUCUACGGGCAGUCCCGUGCCCCCGCCAGGUUCCUCAGCACCGCAAAGGAAAUGCGCACCUGGAGCCAAGAGCAAAGACAAACAAGCGUUUGCCGACUCGACGGCUAUCAAGAGGAAGAAGGCUCGCUCCGUCCUGCCCCUGAGCACCUCCAUGGACCACCGGCCCAAAGAGGAUCUGCUGCAGGAUUGCCUGACGCUGGCCUCCAUUACGCACGACGCCGCGCCCCCCGCUGGCUGCGUCGCCGGCCAGGGCGAGCACGUCCACCUCGGUCUGUUCUCCGACAGGGCCGCCCUGCACCGGAUGUUCCGCGCCGAAGAGGAGGCUCACGUGGAGGGCGGCCACGUGGAGUCGGCCGUCUACCUGCGGCUGUGGAGCGGCGACCUGGAGGGGGCGCUGCGGCUUGCCGCCGAGAGAGGAGAGCUGAGCGACCACCUCAUCGCCGUGGCUCCUGCGGCGGGUUACGCGGUGUGGAGCGACGCCGUGCAGCGCUACGUCAAGCAGCUGUGUCUGCAGGAGCAGCACGUGAAGGCGGCCGCUUACCUGCUGGCCAUCGAUCGCGUCUACCAGGCCGUGCAGCUGCUGCACUCGCACAAGCUCCACAGGGAGGCCAUCGCUCUGGCCAAAGCGCGGCUGCCGGCUGAAGAUCCCGUCCUGAAGGAGCUCUACACCAGUUGGGCUGUCAUGUUGGAAAAAGACGGGCAUUUCUCGGCCGCCGCCAAAUGCUACAUCGCGGCGGGCGCUAGCUUCGACGCAGCCAAGGCAGUCGCCCGCAAGAACGACGUGACUUCGCUGAGGACGGCGGCGCGUUUGGCCAGCGCGGCGGGCGAGGUCACUCUGGCCGAGUCGUUAGCAUUGCGCUGCGCCAAAGAUUCGGCGGCGGCGCGGGAUUGGGUGGCCGCACAGGAGGUUCUUUCCUCCCACCGGGGCCUGCUGGUUCACAGGCUUCACCUCAGUGUGGCCGAACUGCUGUGCGCAUCCCUCGCGGACGUCCUCCCCGAGACGCGCGGCGUUGGCCACGCGUGGGCGGCCCCGGGCUCCAGCGGCAUCCUGGAACGGGCGCGCCACGUCUGGACGCAACACUUGGGCGUCUCUCCCGUGGACUCGGACGCCGGCCACCUUGGCGCUCGCGGCCACCUUGGCGCUCUGCUCGUCGAGCUUCAGAACGUAGAGAGCCCCCCGCACUCGGCCAGCCUCCCCCUCACGCAGGUGCUGCUGUGUUUGUCCCGUCACGUGGCCCGCGGCGUCCUGUCCUGGUUGCUCGAUGACAGCGGCACCUUGGCGAAGGAGCUGUGGCUGGCGGCCGCGUGGCUCCGGGAGGCCGCCGACUUCCGGGUCUCGGCCGCCCUCUUUGGAAUCCUGGCGGCCGCCUUGGAAGAGGUCGACCGUAACGUGGACCAAGAAGCCCGAGCCGCUGCCGACGGCCUGCGGGCGUGGGCCGCCUACCACCGUCUCUACCAGUUGUGGUGGCGACGCCCGGCUGACGAUGGCGACGGGCUCCAGGCCGAGGGGUCACCGGAAGAAGAAGAAAGCCAGCUAUCCGGUGAGCUGGACUUUAACGUCUCCUCGCUUCUGUCAGACGCUCACGCCGCGUGCCAGGCCGAGCGACGGGCGACGGAGGACUUGCAAAAGCGCCUGGGCCUCAUGGUGGCGCAGCACGGCCGCAACAUGAGGGCCAGCGACCAAGAGCAACCUACUGAGGCUGGAGGGCAGCCCAAAGACACUUUUCUCUCCUUGACUUCCGAGAUGGCUCAACACCAAAGGCAGCUGGCCGAAAUUCCUGACACCAUCAAGCUGUAUCCUCGUCCCGACGUAGUGGAGUGCUGCCUGGUCCUCCUCCACCUGGGCUCCCUUGUCCCGGAGUCCCCGCGGAGGGACGCCAAAGACCUGUUGCGGAAAUACGGAACACGCCCCACGCUAAGCAAGGCCUGCCGACCAUUCUUGGGCUAAAUCGUGGAGCGGCUGACCUGUGCGCUCAUUUUGUUGAAUUAAA